CAACGCACGCUGGCACGAUGUAAUAUUAUCAUUAUUGUUAUUGCCAUUAUCAUCGUCAUCGUCAUCGUAGGUAGACUGUCGUCGUCGUUGCGUGCGGUUUUGUUCUGCGCGCGUUUCCUCCAGCAGUCUGCAGUCGCGUGUGUACAAAAAUCACGAGGCUCCGCGCAUUUUUUUCGACCGCGUACAGCGCGACAGCGAUGCCCAAAUCUUCGGGUCGCGUACAAUAUUAUAAUAUUAUUGAUUUAUCGUAACACAACAUCUGCCUAUACACUAUUAUAUGUAGCUGCCUGUCUACGAUUAUACGCGGUAAAAAACUGCAGUCUUCCGUAUUCGCAAUCCAUUUUGACGAUCACGCCGCGCCGCACUCCAGAGACGACAUGGAAAGACAACGAGCAGAGUCGACGUUCACCAUCAUUUCAAAGGUCAAGAAUUCGCCCAACGUGAACACUUUGGUGAAAUGGCUGAAGUCCAACAAGUUACUCAUAUUGAUCUUGGUAUCGGUCGCAUUCGGAGUGCUCUUGGGUUUAACAUUAAGACCGUUGCAUCUUAGUAGUGACACUAUCACUCUAAUUUCAUAUCCCGGUGACCUUUUCUUGAGGACUUUAAAGUUGAUGGUGUUACCAUUCAUUAUAUCAUGUUUAAUUAUUGGUGCUGCUAAUUUGGACAUAAGCAAAAACGGCAAUGUAGCAGUCCGAACUAUUGUGUAUUUUGUCCUUACGUCUGUUUUUAAUGUCUGCUUGGGGUUAACGCUCGGUCUGCUCGUUCAUCCCGGCAGUCCGGAUUUAAGGUUGACAAAUACCACGUCGUUUUCAGGACCUAAAAAAAUGAAUGUUAUGGAUGGAUUUUUAGAUAUGGGAAAGAAUUUAUUGCCAGAAAAUUUGUUUCAAGCUACAAUUCAGCAAACAUUAACCGAAUAUGAGACUGUCAUGGGUUUUAAUAACACGAAAACGUUGAAAAAAGUCGUAAAAUACAAGGACGGUACAAAUACAUUGGGCAUAAUAUUCUUUUGCUUGAUUUUCGGAACCGUACUGGGCACGAUGGGUGAACGUAAACAACCCGUUUUGAACUUUUUCACGGUCACCUACGAGGUGAUGCAAAAGAUACUCACCGGAGUGAUUUGGUUUACGCCCAUUGGAGUGGCCAGCGUCAUAUGCGGUAAGAUCAUCACACUGGUCGAUCUCACCAACACGCUGGUUCAGCUCAGCUUAUUCAUCGUAACGACGGUCGGCGGUUUCCUAUUUUAUCAGCUGGUAGUCAUACAAAUCAUUUAUUUUGUGAUCGUGAAGAAGUCUCCGUGGCCGUACUACGUGUCACUGGGACCCGCUCUAGCGACCGCGUUUGCCACUGCUUCCAAGUCAGCAUCUCUUCCAAUAACAUUUAAAGUGUUGGACGAAAAAUUAAAGAUGAAUCCGAAAAUCACUAAAUUUGUCCUUCCAAUUGGUACAAUCAAUAUGGACGGCUCGGCUCUAUACCUAAGUGUAGCACUAUUAUUCUUGGCACAAAUCAAUAACUUGCAACUAGGCAUUGGAGAAAUUUUCACUAUCGGGUUGGCUUGCACGGCGGCAAGUAUGUCUUCGGCGGCUAUUCCGUCGGCUGCUAUCGUCUUGGUGGUAAUGCUGUGUAGCGUCAUCAACAUACCCACCGAAGACGUAUCUCUACUAUUUGCUGUCGAUUGGCUAGUGGACAGAUUCAGGACUACGAACAACCUGAUCGGAGAUUGUUACACGGUGGCUAUUGUUCAACAUUUGUCCAAAGAGGAAUUAGAGCAGGACGACGAUUUAAAUGAGAAAGAAGCCGAAGAAGCGCACGUCAACGGUACGUUUGUUAUACAAGAACAAGAACAAAACGCACAUACAAAUCAGAGUUUUACCAACACGCCAGUAUAAAGUAUAAUAUAUCAAUCGUAUUAUAAUAUACGUAACGACUGCGACGAGUUUCCGGGAUUAUAAUUUAUAUGUACGGCGGAGGCUGAUAAAUCGCACGUGCUGCAGACGACAAUUCAUAUAUUAUGACUCGAACGUAUUAUUAUUAUUAUUAUUAUUAUAAAUAGUAUUAGUAUUUUACCUAUUUUUAUUAUUAUUCUUCCGUGUUCGUAUGACCAUGACCCAAUUUUAAACCACGUACCUAAUAUUUUGUCAUGAAUGUUUUUAAGAAGCGCGAUGGUAAAACCAAAAUUGUCUCCGCGUCAAGUUGCACAUAAAUUAUACAAUCAUUCGACGUAGUGUGUACAAUAUACUUCGCGGGUAUUAUGAUAAUUGAAAAUUGAAACAGUCGAAUAAUUUAUUUGAGUACCUAAACGAUGACGUCGGGUUUUUUCGAAUUUUAAUUAACGAUUCAAUUUUUAAAUACGCCGCAUUUCCGGCAAUGUUUCCGGUUUAUACACUCUUGCUAAUAUAUUUACUGUAUACAAAUCUGUGAAUCUGUAUGACACGUGAACGCAAACUAAAAAAAAGAAACGAAUGAUAAUUGCAUUAUAUUUUAUAUGCUAUAUUUUUUAGCCUGUGACCAAUAAUUAUCAUACAUAUACCUGCCUAGAUUGCCAUAUGAUCAGAACCUCAUUAUUUGUGUUUAUUUUAAUCGUUUUUUAAUUAAAAUACACCUCGUAACCAUAGUAAGAGAUAACACUCAUUAUUUUGGUAUUAAUUUAUUCGAGAAAUCAAUAUUAAUAAUACAAUUUGUACAACAUUUAAACAAUUUAAAAUUUUGUUUAAAACAUUUUGUGUUACCCUCGUGCCCUUUUGA